GAGUCAUAUUUUUCCGCGUCAUACUUAAAUUUUAUUUACAUUUAUUGAUCAAACAUUACAAUUUUAGGAAUUGUUCUCACAGCUAAUUACAAUGUCUGAAACAUCAAAUACGCCCGUGGCGUUGAAUAUUUAUGAAGAAGACAUUAACCAAGAUACUACGUGGGACUUCUCAUCUCAAAGUCUGCAAAGUGUGCCUGAAAUAAACAAUCAUCAUUUAAGUGUACUCUAUCUACAAAACAAUGAAAUCACUACUUUACCAGAAGAUUUCUUUGUUACUUUACCAAAUAUCAUGUACUUAGAUUUGAGAGACAACCUAAUAACAGAUAUACCAAAAUCUAUCAAACAUCAUCCUUGUCUCACGCACCUUUUAUUACAAAAUAACAAACUAACUUCGCUUCCGAACGAAUUAGGAACUGUCAUUAAUUUGAAAGUUUUGCAAUUAGGCGGGAACCCACUAAUGUACCCGCCAAGGGAAGUUAUAAAUGCGGGAGUUUUAAAAAUAAAGGAGUUUUUAAAUAGUAAAUUCAUUGAAGAAAUGUUUGUCGAUGCGUCCCAAUCAGAUAUAUCCGAGGACACGGUAAGCACAAGUGGGAAUUAUCGCGAAUCGUAUAGUCAAGAAGGCUUGAGUUACAAUUCAGUAAUUGACGAGGCCAAACUGAAAAAAGCUAUGUUGGUAAAGUUUAAUGAGAAAGAAUCAGAAGAUUCUGAAGAAGAUUUGUAUACGAGAGUUAAAGGAAAGUGUCCAAAGUUGGCAAAGAGCCGCUGUACCAUCCCGCCAUAUUAUCAGAGUUCGAAAUAUGUUAGACCGUCGAAGUCAGACGAGAAAGAGACUUUUGAGGCGAAAGUAAAACAGAGUUACUUGAAAGAGUUAGCCGUAAAGAAGCACAAAGAAUUAUUAGCAACGAGGGACAAGAUACUGCAAGGGAGAAAAAACAUGGAAAUGCUCAAAAACUGGCGGACAGAGUACAGAAUUAAUAAAGGCAAAGCCAAAAGUUCAUACAAACUGGAUCGCAAAGACUAUCCUUAUGACACUCACCCAGACUACAUGACGCUUCUAACUAGAGAUGACAUCGAGAAAGAUUUACCUGACAAAUAUAGAAAGAAGUUGGUUCGGAGGAGCAAGCCGACUGUGCCUAGGAAGAGUAAUAACGAUGUCCAUUUGGCUUUGAAGAUAAAACAACUGUUUGAAAAUUUAGAAGCCAUCGAUUUGAAUAGAAAGGACAUGACACCCAGAACUGAACAGAAAAUGCUCAUGAAUGAGAUACAAAAGAUUUCUGAAAUAAAGCAGAAGCUGAUGGAACUUUCUACCACAAACACUAAAUCGGUGGAGACCGAUUAAACAACGCUAAAUUAUUUAGGUUUAGUAUAGGGCCCAUAUUUACACAAGGUUUAAGAAAAUAAAAUACACAUUUCGUUU